CUGUGAGACCCCCGGUGCCCGCUGCAACACGUCUCUCUGUAUGUGUGUGUGAAUCCCGGGGCCUGCAGCGGAGCGCAGGAUGGCGGCGGUCGGUGCGGCUGCUGUGGAGGCCGAAUCGUCAGACAGUGAGCCGGAGCAGGAGCACGGAUCCCCGCAGAAACUCAUCCGGAAGGUCUCCACGUCGGGUCAGAUCCGGAGCAAGACGAUUUUAAAAGAGGGAAAGCUGAUGAAACAGACAAAUUUUCAGCGCUGGAAAAGACGUUACUUUAAACUACGGGGAAGAACACUGUACUAUGCUCAGACGGCCAAGUCAAUCAUUUUUGAUGAAGUUGAUCUGACGGACGCCAGCGUAGCAGAAUCCAGCACCAAGAACGUCAACAACAGCUUUACUGUAAUCACUCCGUGCCGUCGGUUGAUUUUGUGUGCAGAGAACAGGAAAGAGAUGGAGGAAUGGAUCGCAGCACUGAAGAGUGUUCAGAACAGGGAACACUUUGAGUCCACUCAGUUCAGUAUGGAUCACUUUUCGGGGAUGCACAAUUGGUACGCCUGCUCACAUGCUCGUCCCACCUACUGUAACGUCUGCCGGGAGGCGCUGUCUGGGGUGACCUCUCACGGACUGUCCUGUGAAGUAUGUAAAUUUAAGGCUCACAAGCGCUGUGCCGUCAGAGCCACUAAUAACUGCAAAUGGACGACACUGGCCUCAAUCGGCAAAGACAUUCUAGAGGAUGAAGAUGGGAUCUCGAUGCCUCAUCAGUGGUUGGAGGGAAACCUGCCCGUCAGUGCAAAGUGUACCGUGUGUGAUAAAACCUGCGGCAGUGUUCUGAGACUGCAGGACUGGCGAUGUUUAUGGUGCAAAGCCAUGGUGCAUGCUGGGUGUAAAGAGCAGCUCUCCCUUAAGUGUCCGUUGGGUCAGUGUAAAGUGUCUGUGAUUCCACCUACCGCUCUCAACAGCAUCGACUCCGACGGGUUCUGGAAGGCGACGUGUCCCACGACCUGCACAAGCCCGUUGUUGGUGUUCGUCAACAGUAAAAGUGGAGACAAUCAGGGCGUGAAGUUUCUACGGCGAUUUAAGCAGCUUUUGAAUCCCGCACAGGUGUUUGACUUAAUGAAUGGAGGACCUCACCUGGGUUUGCGUCUGUUUCAGAAGUUUGAUACGUUUCGUAUUCUGGUGUGUGGAGGUGACGGCAGUGUUGGUUGGGUUUUAUCAGAGAUCGAUGCUCUGACGCUACACAAACAGUGCCAGUUGGGCGUGUUGCCACUGGGAACCGGGAAUGACCUGGCGAGAGUUUUGGGGUGGGGCUCGGCGUGUGACGAUGACACCCAGUUACCCCAGAUACUGGAGAAACUGGAGCGAGCCAGUACAAAGAUGCUGGACAGAUGGAGUAUUAUGGUAUACGAGACCAAGUUUCCACGGCAACACUCCAGCUCCACUGUAACAGAAGACUGUAGUGAGGACUCCGAGGUAAAGGUGCAGCACAUUCUGACCUAUGAGGACUCAGUUGCAGCUCAUCUCUCCAAAAUACUGACGUCUGAUCAGCACUCUGUGGUCAUCUCCUCUGCCAAAGUCCUGUGUGAGACAGUAAAGGAUUUUGUCGCGAGAGUCGGCCGUGCAUACGAGAAGAACACAGAAAGCUCGGAGGAAUCAGAGGUCAUGGCUAAAAAGUGUGGGGUAUUAAAAGAGAAGUUGGACUCGUUAUUGAAAACGUUAAACGAGGAAGCCCAGGCCACCAGUGUGAUGCCCGCGCCUCCGCCCACCAUCACCGAGGAGCAGGACGACGGGGAGGGAGUGGAGCUGGCUCCGCCCACAGCUCCGCCCACAGUAACUCCCUGCUCGCCCCGCCCAACCGCCAGCAUCUUCAAACCGCGAGAACAGCUGAUGCUCCGUGCGAACAGCCUGAAGAAAGCCAUCAGACAGAUCAUAGAGCACACGGAGAAAGCCGUGGAUGAACAGAACGCUCAAACGGAGGAGGUUUUUGCUUCUCUGCCAACGGAGGAGGAAGACGAAGAUGAUGAUGCUGAUCAAUUAUCUCUACAGUCGUCAUACAGCAACAGAGUGCGACCCAGUAGAAGAGCCUCGAAGACUCCUUGUGAGAAGCUCAUCAGUAAAGGGAGUCUGUUGAUUGGUAGCUCCGCCUCACUCCCUGCCCAAACGGGAAGUAGGGAGAAUAUGCCCAUGCUGAACACCAAGAUCCUGUACCCAAGUCUCAGGGCAGGUGUGUCGGGCUCUUUCAGCGGUUCAGUCAUCAGCAGGCUGUUGGUGAACGCCGACCUGUUCAACUGUGACCCAGAGAACCUGGAUCUGUACACAGAGAAAUGUGUGAUGAAUAAUUAUUUUGGAAUCGGUCUGGAUGCCAAAAUCUCUCUGGACUUCAACAACAAACGCGAUGAGCAUCCAGAGAAGUGCAGGAGUCGCACUAAAAACAUGAUGUGGUACGGAGUUCUUGGCACCAAAGAACUUCUUCACAGAACAUACAAGAACCUCGAACAAAGAGUCCUACUGGAGUGUGACGGGAGGCCCAUCCCUCUUCCGAGUCUCCAAGGAAUCGCUGUGUUGAAUAUUCCAAGUUACGCAGGAGGAACAAACUUCUGGGGUGGAACUAAAGAGGAUGAUAUGUUUACUGCGCCGUCGUUCGAUGAUAAGAUUCUGGAGGUGGUGGCUGUAUUCGGCAGCAUGCAGAUGGCUGUUUCUCGAGUUAUUAAUCUACAACAUCACCGUAUCGCACAGUGUCGGAUGGUGAAGAUCACAAUUCUGGGCGAUGAAGGUGUGCCAGUACAGGUGGAUGGAGAGGCCUGGAUCCAGCCGCCAGGAUACAUCCGAAUAAUCCACAAGAACCGCUCACAAACCCUCACAAGAGACCGGGAGUUCGAGAACACUCUGAAGUCGUGGGAGGACAAACAGAGAGGAGAGAUUCCACGACUCGUAUCUCAGCAUGCGUCACAACCGGAGGUUGUUUCUGAAGAGGAAACCACACAGAUCAGUCUGUUUGGACAGGCGGCUGGUGCUCUGAUACACAGUAUCAGGGAAGUGGCGCAGUCUCAUCCCACUAUCGAGCAGGAAUUAGCUCAUGCUGUUAACGCCAGUUCUAAAGCCAUGGACCUGGUGUACGCUAACUCUAAAAGCAGCGGGGGUUUGACGUGUAAUGUGGUGAUGGAGAUGGUCAGUAAUGUUACAGCUCUUCACAGUGAAACUGAACUGCUGCUCUCUGGAAAGAUGUGUCUGCAGUUGGAUCCUCCUCAGCGGGAUCAGCUGAUUGGUGCGUUGGGAUCUGUCACUCAACAGUUACGCAGACUGACAGAUAUCAGCUGGCUCAGUCAACUCAUUGACCCUGUCGACGAGGAGGAGGAGGGUCAGCUGUUUGAUUUCUCCAGGAGGAGUCGCAGUGCUAAAUUCCGCCUCGUGCCCAAAUUCAAGAAAGACAAAAACAACAAGAAUAAGGAGAUGUGUGCCGCCCCCAACAUGCCUGUGUAUAUGUGGGGUGUUGAUGAGGUGGCCGUGUGGUUGGAGAUGCUGUGUCUCUCAGAGUAUAAAGAGAUCUUCAUCAGACAUGACAUCAGAGGACCAGAACUACUUCAGCUGGAGAGGAGAGACCUGAAGGACUUGGGCGUGACUAAAGUCGGCCAUAUGAAACGGAUUUUGCAGGGAAUCAGGGAUUUGAGUCGCAACAGCACAGUCAGCGAAGCCUAGACGCUCCGCAACCAAUCAGAUGCCUCAUUCAGAAGUGACCAGCCAAUCAAACGCUCGGGUCAUGCCUGGAACCAGCCAUACACAGCCCACCACCUCAUUGGGACCAACGCCUACUCAAGUCAGAGCUCAGCCAAUCACAGUGCCUUCUGUUCUCCACCUUUGUGACAUCAUCGUUUUGGGGAAAACUCUUUUACACCAUGGGAGGUUUGAGGUUUAUCGAGAGCCUUCAGCGCACAAAGGGUCAUACCAAAGUCAGACAGGAGCGAGAAAAUACCUCGGCAAUCAUGUGCUGUGAACCUUAAAGUCAACAUGAAAUCAAAAAUGUUUCUUAAUAAAUGUCCCUGGUGAGAUAGUGCACAAUAUACUAUAACAGAGCGUUUUAUUUUUUUUCUCCUUAACGAUUCCUAAGCAACUUUGAAACAACUUUUCUUUUCUGCUGAUGUCAUCAAGGCCGUGUGGGCGGGGUUAAAUUCUAGCUGCGUCCCAAAUGGCAUACUUCUGCACUAUUCUACACCGUUUUGUAGUGUAAAUAUUGCGAAGAGUACUAUGAGUACUCGGAUGAUGUACUUCUUCAACCAAAUAAAUGCCCGCCGCUUGCUUACGGUAGCGGAAGGUGCGGAGUUACCUGGCCAGCGAUUCAGACCUGACAUUGAUUUGUUGAAUGUGGCAACUAUCGAGACUUUUGUGAAGACAGAACCCUACAAAUGUGAGUUUAAUGCUUUACCAUCACCCCACGCAUCACCCCAUGCUUGUUUGAGGUAUAAGUGUUGGACUGACGCUGGAUAUCGCGGUGAAGCUAGCAGCAACACAUUGCAUGCGUUUGAAACGUCAUUCCCUUCGGCUGAAAAAUGGCGAAUGCUUCCACGUUCCAUUUGAGACGAUUCCACACUUCGUACACUAGAUGGCGAGUACAUAGUGCACAGUGUAUAGUGCAUCAUUUGGGACACAGCUAAUAUUUACCGAAUAUAUUCAUUGCUCCGUGACUUUUAACAUAUUGACAUGACAAUCAAUCUAAUGGACUUAUCAGACUUGAUCAGUCAAUCUAUAAACGUUGCACUCUUCCUCCUCCAGUGUGUGAUUUAGGAUGCCUUAAUGUCCACAAGCGUUGAGAGGAAUCGUGUAGGGCUAUAAAACACCUCUCCAUUCUUAGAGUAUACCUCAUAACCGGCGUAUAUAAAAUGGGUUGCAGAUGGAUUGUGCGGAUUGGAAAGGAAACUGUUGAUGCACACACUUAAAGGAGUGUCCCAUUGACUUCCAUUGUAAGCAGACUUCUGUGAACAUCUUUUUAACAUGAUGCGAUGAGACAUUUUGUCAGUCUUUUGGCUUUCAAUGCUGUAAAACCAAUGACCCUGUCUUUACCCUUCAAAACGUCUUACUCCAUCCGUGUAUGUGAGAAAGCUACAGUGAGUGUCGUCUUGCGUCUUGUCUUGUUAGAUAUAGAAAUGAAAUGUGUUUGUUUGAAUAUUUUCUGUAUUUCAGAUUACAUUAAACCAGACUCGUAUCAUGUUGUCAUUUUGGACUCCAGAGGCGUCCGAUCUCUGACUGUUAAGUAUUUAUUUUAAGUUAUACCAGAAUACAUUCACGCAAUGCUGUUUUGUCCAUCUCUGUUUUCUGUUGUUUUGUUUUAUUUUGUUUUUUGUACAUAUGCCAUCUUUAAGAAUGAACAUAAAUGCCUUCUUACUGUACAGUGAAACAGUCUGUAUUAAAAUCAGGUCUCUGUU